AGAACAAAAAACUAGUCAACUGAAAUAAGUUUUUCCUUCAGAUCACAGCUUCUAUAUUAUGUGGAAGGUAUUAUGUGAACCAGAGUGACCAGGCAAAAUUAAAGAUUAACGAGAGGACUGACAAGGCCCAGCACUGAGGGACGGAGACUAAAGUCACGCAGGCCUGAGAAGACAAACCCUGUCAUGGGAGAAAGAAGGGUGCAAGGACACUGAUUGGUUGUCUAGGAACGGGAAGACAGGGAGAGAGAGUGAAAGAAAGAAAGAAAGAGAGAGAGAGAGAGAGGAACACCACUCUGGAGAAGCUCAACCGCUGGCUGGUGUGAGCAUCAUAGAGACGGGUGGCAGAUGACUCAGGAGCGUAUGAGAGACGUGGAGAGGAUCAAUAAGGAGACUGGGGAGCUGAGUGCCUCUGGUGAGCUGUUUGUUUCCCUGGAGUUGAAGGGGGAGGCAGGGACGGUGGGGGGCGCUGGAGGACAAACAGUGGCCUCAAGGGGCCCCAGGCCCCUGCUGGCCCUCAGAGAGCAGCUACAUCAGCUGGACACACACAAUCAGCUCCCACCUAUCCAAAGAGAGGAACACCUAUGUAGAGUUCUACGUCUCUAUAUACAGGUGUGUGAGGAUGGAGACCGAGGCAUGGAGGCCGUGGACCUGAGAGCUCUGGCUGCUGUCACAGCCGAGACCAUGGUCACUCACAUCCUGUCCAGACUGGCUGAGCGGCCUGCAGAGGACGCUCGCUACGAGGUACAGCUGUUCUUCCAGAAGUCAGUGGACGGACAGAAGGACCAGAGGGAUGGAGAGGACAGACAGACGGAUGUUUCCGGAUGGAUGUUGCUGAAGGGCCUGUGCCUGCUCACGGCCCAGGGCCCGGAGGUGCAGUCAUCGGUGAAGCCAGGUCUGCCUGCAGCUCUGAUGAAGUGUCUGUACCUGCUGGUGUCUCUGCCAGCCAAGAGAGAGACCUGUGAAGGAGAGAGGAGCUUCCAGGAACUUCUCAUCCAGGUUCUCCUGCAACUCUGCCAGCAGCAGGCCAGUGUGGAGGAGAUGGUGGACACGGCGGAGCUCCAGUGCCUCAUCAUCGCGCUCACGUCGCUGUGGGACCAGACCAGCGCCCCCUGGAGGCACCAGGCUGGCCGCCUCCUCAGGGCUGUGUCUGCUGCACAGGCACGCAAUACCGUCACCAACCUGCAGGCUAAGAACUGUGUACGUAUCUGUACCCAGAACCUCCAGGGGAUGUGUGAGCGGGUUCCUGGGCCCGUCCUGGCCGAGGUGGCGGUCAGCGUGUUCAGUUUUGUCCGAGACUCCUUUCCUCUCAGCCAUGCCCUGUUCAACGAGUUUGAGACUAACGAUGGAUACACAGUCCUACAGGCCAUCAUGACUCGGUGUGAGGAGGGGGUGAGUGGUGAGGAUUUCCAGCCUGUGCAGGAGCUCCUGGCCCUGCUGGCCUCACUGUGCCUCCUGGGGAAGAACGAGCUCAAGGUGGCCCUGUGUGUCAGCAACCCCCAACCUCCAGGCUUCAAGUUUGUCCCGUCGCUCACCUACGGCCUCUCAGUAAAGAAUCUGUCAGCUUUCCGUCUCCUCCAGACCUCCUUCCUGCGUUCGGAGGACAUGCUGCUGUGUUGUCACAUCCUGCGGACCAUCCGGACCGUGUGGGAAUGGGACAGCUCGAACUUCUUCCUCCUGGAGUGGUCUGUCCAAUCCCUGGCUCAGAUUGCCACCUGCGUGUGGAGAAAGCCCGCCCCCGUCCACAAACUGUUCUUCUCAAUGGUUGAGAUGGUGGUAUUCCAGCUGAACUACAUCCCCCAUGAGGUCUUGCGUGCGGUGCAGGGCGUGCUGAAGCAGAGCUGGACAGGGGGCGUAGCUGGGAGCGUGGCGGGGGUGGAGUUUGGAGUGAUGGCCCUCGACUGCUUCUACACGCUGACGGUGCGGAGCGGGCUGCUGUCGGACGUCCUGAGUGAGGGAGGGCUGCUGGAGAUGGUGCUGUUGGAGCUGAAGCGCAGGGCCAAGAUCCUCCGCAAGGCUGGCGCCUCUGCCACAGGCGUGCAGGAGCACUCAGGCGUGGAGAACGGGGAGAGAGCUCUGACCACCAGCAUGCUCAACGUAGUGGCAGCCCUGACACUACGCUCUGUCAGAAACACUGUGUCUGUGCGGGAGCUGGGCAUGGUUCCCUACAUGAAGAUCUUCCUGGAUGAGGAGCAGUACCGCGGGCCCACCCUGGCUGUGCUGGAGCAGCUUUGUGAGGUGAACCCCGAGGAGUUCAUGAGCACGGCCAUAGGAGCCCUCUGCUCCUCCACACAGCACGAGCUGGGCCUCAAGCAAGACCUGCUGCAGUCUGUGUUGAAGGUGCUGGAGAACCCAAACAGUUGGGACGCGUUCAGGCGAGCCGGAGGCUUCAGCGGUCUCCUCUCCCUGGUCGUGGACAUGGAGGGGGCCUUGGCCGACCCUCCCCGGCCCCAAGGGGGGGUAUGGGGCUCCCUGGGCGACCAGACGGUCCUGGACCUUCUCCUCCUCACCCUCCACACCCUGGCCCUGGCCGUGCACGUCCACCCCGUCAAUGCACACCACUUCCAGACAGGCGGGUUCUACGAGAAGCUAGCUGAGGCGUUGGCCCAGCUGGGCUGCUUCUGGAACCAGGGGCCAGGGCAGCAGGACUGGGCUGAGACCGGGGACUGGCCCAGGGAGACCAACCAGAGUCAGAGGGCUCUGGAGGACAGCUGGUCCCAAGGAAAGAGCUUCCACAAGUUUGUAGAGCUGGCUGAGACCCCCUUGUCUUCCUCGUCCCCUGAGCCCCCCCUGCCCCCCCGUUUACAGGCCUGCGUCCGACUGCUCUCCUACCUGGACCAGUUCUCCACUGGGACCUGGACUGCUCAGGAGCUGGGGGGGCCGCUGGGGAGGGAGGGGGAGAGCCAGGGAGCAGGAGGAGGAGGAGAACCUCCGUCCAGGCCGGAGGAGCCUCAGGGGGGGAGCAGAAACCCUGCCUACAGCGUCUCCUCCGUCGGCAGCCAAUCGAACUACAGGUUCACCUGUGACCAGACCAUUCUGUAUCCUGGAGCAGUCAGAGUCAUGAUGACCCUGCUGCCUGCUGUAUUUACUCUGGAGGACACUCAGCUAUCUAUGGAGGUACAGUUCUCUGUGGCGCACCACAUCCAGGCCAUGGUGAUGUCGGAGCGUAACCGCCAGAUCAUGUGUGAGGCGGGGCUGGUGUCCACCCUGCUGACCCACUGCCAGGUCAUGCUGCUCCAGACCCAGCACCCGCUCCACCUGCCCGUCACCCGCAUUCUGGAGAAGCUGUCCUCCCACUCCAUAUCACAGGCUGAUCUCAGGCGUUUCCUGUGUCUGGGAGAGCCGCUCAUGUGCUCAGCAGACAAGAUGGCUGCCCUCCCCCCUGCUCCAGAGACUCACCCACAAUGCACCCCUUCAGUCUCAAACGGCCAGAGCCCAGACAUGACAUCGUCGGACGAGCAGGACCAGGGUGGAGUCUCGUCCGCUGUCAAGCAAUUGAAGCGCUCCUUCAGCCUACUUGGCCCCACCCCUCCCAGCGGACCGCCGGCGGGUUCGCCCAUUCCCCUCCACCAGAUCAUCAGCCUGGUCUCCAUGACAGCGCCGCGGAGCUUCAGACCUCACCGAGUGUCCGCCUCCCCCGCCUUCGUAGAGUUCGACAUGAACGAGAGCGGCUACGGCUGUCUGUUCCUGCCAUCCGUGGCCACAGUAAAGGGAGUGAAUGCAGAUUCCAUCCCCACAGGAGGAAUAGGAGGAGACUGCCGGGGUUUCCCCCCGGCAGCAGGCCUGUCGUUCUCCUGCUGGUUCCUGGUCAGCCGGUUCACGUCGGCCUGUGACUCCCACCCUGUCCGGCUGCUGUCCGUGAUCCGCCACAUGUCCCGGGCAGAGCAUCAGUACAUCUGUCUGUCCGUCUCCUUCUCUGCCUCCGAUGGAUGCCUGGUCAUCUCCACCGAGGAAGAACCUUUCACCUUCCUGGACAUGAUGGAGUCAGAGGUUUGCACGCCCAGCCCUCUGCCCACCUCUGUCAGGUUUAGAUGCUCCAGUCAGCUGGUCCCUGGUCAGUGGCACCACUUGACCGUUGUCAUGGCGAAGGAUGUCAAGAAGAGUUGCCGGGUGUCGGCCUACCUCAACGGCAAGCUGGUGGGAGGAGCUAAGAUGCGCUACGUCCAGCCGUUUCCUGGCCAGUACGCCUCCAUGGAUCCCACGGCGGUGAUCGACGUGUGUGCGUUCAUCGGCACUCCGUCGCUGUGGAAGGAGCUUGCGGCACUGGUGUGGCGUGUGGGACCCACCUACCUGUUUGAGGAGGUCCUGAGUCCCGGGGCAGUCAGCCUUCUCUACGCUCAGGGGACAGCCUACAUGGGCAACUACCUGGACCUGCGCCCCACAGGCCCCGACGAUGACCCCCCGCCUCUCAGGCUCAUUCCCGAGGAGAGGAUCUCGUUCGGCAUCAACCCUGCCAUAGCGACAGUAACCACGGUAGCACAGAUCAGAGAGGACUACAAUGAGGUGGACAGCCGACUCAUCGCUAAGGAGAUAGGGAUACCUUCCAGGGACAGCUCUGCUCCUGUGUUCCUGGCUCGGAACAUCAGCCAGCACCUGGCGGGCACGGCGCGCACCAUCGGAGCAGCCCUCGUCGGACAUUUUGGUGUUCGGACGUUUGCUCCUACCAGCGCCGCUAACGGCUUCCUGUACGUGGGCGGGCCCGCGGUCAUCCUUAGCCUGGUUGCCAUGGCACCCGACGACGGCUCUCUGUACGCAGCGGUGAAGGUUCUGCUAUCUGUGCUGGAGACCUGUCCUGCCAUAGCGCAGCAGAUGAAGCGCUUCAAUGGAUACAAGCUUCUGGCAUUCCUGUUGAAGAUGAAGAGUGUUCUAGUGAGCAGCAGGACGUUCCAGCUGGUUCUGUCUCUGUCCGGUUCUGUGGAGAUGGGUUCUGGCCCGGCCUGUCUACGGAACAAGCUGGCCUUCCAGGCCCUCCUUUGUGACCUGGAGGUGUGGCAAAACAGUUCAGAUAACCUGGAACUGGCCGUGCUCAACCACUUUGCUGACAUCCUGAAAUCAUCCAGUGAUGAAGGUGGCAAUGCAGAGGUCAUGCACAGUCUGGGGCUGGUCCCUGAACUGCUUUUCCUGCUGUCUGACCCCUUGGUGACCCCCGAGAAGGUCAAGGUGGUCACCUGCAUCAUCACUCGCCAGCUGAGGGCUCACUUUUCCUGCAUAGACAUACGCAGACUGGGUCUCUUCCUGGUGUUUAACCUACCUCCUGUCAGUGUGAGAGAACUCCCUGGUCUCCAUGACAACGGUUCUGAUGGAGACACCCCAGACCAGGCCUCUGGUGCAGCCAGUCCUGUCUGGGUGCGUAACCAGCUCCUGCUGUGUGUCUGUGACCUCCUCAGCUCUGAAAAACCCCUGACUGUACACCAACAGAAGGAGCUGUUCCAGACCCUGGGCAGUGAUUGGUUCCUGCUCUUUCUUCAGCCUCACCUGCACACCUCCACACUCCAGCUGGGGCUUCUCCUACUCACACACCUCCUGACCAAUCACAGCGAGCGGAACAGGUUCCGAGAGAGUGUGUUGCCAGGCGGCCUUAUGGAGAGAAUGGAAGAACCUUCAGGAACCGUCAUUGAUAACCUACGAGGCCUUUCCUGGUCGUCCGAGUGUCCGAGAGUCCCCUGCCCAGGCUUUGAUGUGCUGAGAAGGCUUCUGGUCCAGUUGGCUCACCUGCCCCAGGUGUACGGAGCACUCGCUGCUCUCCUACUGGGACGGACGACCACACUCACACCCAACCCACAGGAACAGGUGGAUCUGGAUGAGGUUCUACAGAAGAUGAUUGACAGUUUUGCAGACACGCCCCCAGGGAAGCAGAACUGCCCCCUUCUGCAGCUCUGCCCUGAGGCUGCAUCCACUCUGCUGGAGCUUGUUAAAGUCAUUAUCACCCAGUCAUCGUCUGUCACCAAAGCAUCAUGGGAGUUGCAGUUCCCAGGGAGUGUGAUGCAGUUCCUGUGCCUGCUGCAUAGUGUCUGCCCCCGAGACCCCCUGUGGAUGUCGGCAGAGUUCCUUGGCUCACUUGCCAGCACGCUGUAUCCUCUACACAGCCCUGAGGAUGGGGGUCAACUGGGUGAGGGGUCAGAAGGGGAGGGGUCCUCCAGGGGUCACCCAACCAGGAAGCAGGUGUGUGACUUCAUCCGCAUUCUUCUGAUGGACAGCCUCCUGAAUAUCUCCGCCAGAGAUCACACACACCCUCUACUGCUGCUACUGGAGUACACUCCUGAAGGAGCUUCGCUGGAGCAGAGGCAGAGCUUCCAGACAGAGCUGCUGGAGUUCCUCAUGGACAUCAUCCACAUGAUCAGCCACCAGAGGGAAGCUCACACACACCUUAGCCAGCAAGACUCUACCAUCCAGAGUGCUGAUCUGCAGAUGUCCACUCUGAUGGAGAAUGUUGCCUUCUUGAGUAAGAAGCUAAUAGAGAAACUCCACAGCUGCAUGUUCUUGGUGGAGCCUGAAACACUGCUGACCUUCCUGGCCGACCAAAUAGUAGUGGCAAUGGAGAAAGGCCAAGCACAAAAAGAGAGCACAGUCACCACCCUAUACAAAUGUACCAAUAGAGCCGUGCUGCACUUCCUGUCCCGUCCCCGAAACUCCCCCAGUGAUCAGGAAAUGGUCCUCAGGGCUCUCCGAGUUGUCAUGGCGCGCUGGGAUGUCAUCAUGGCAACCUAUAAUUCGAACGUGUCUUUCGUCACCUGCUUGCUGCACUGUCUGCUACUCAUACGCUCUGGAAGCUACCCGGAGGGCUUUGGCGGUGAGUUGAACAAGAAACACCACAGGAGACUUCUGUCUCGUCUGUUCCCUCGUAAGGCCAGCCUCACUACCCCCCCCAGCCCUGCAGCUGACUCAGCCACAGAUGUGAGUGAGCGAAUGGCGCUGGUGGAGUCCUGCUGGCUGAAGAUCAUGACGGAGAGACGCCACACUCUGGAGGACUCCUACAAGAUCGACCUCUCAGCCAAUCAGAUGGCGAGGGCGGGGCCCGUCACUAUGAGUGACAUCAGUCCUCUGUGGGAGGAGAUGGCUCUCAAGGCCUGGCAGAUAUACAUAGAGUCUCAGAAGAGGCAGAUGAGCUCCAGUCCCCAGAAGAAGGCUGGUCUGAUUAUGACUGCUGUUCGUGCCGCACAAAAACAGCUGGGGAGGGAGCCUGGCUCUGUGGAGGAGUUCAUGGCCUGUAUGGAGACACACCGACAAAGAGGCAAGGAGUUGUUUGAGAGCAUGAGGAGAAGUCACACGCAGCUGCGCGGGAGUGAGUGGGAGCGUGUGGCGUCCCAGUGGCUGAGCGUGGAGGAGGAGUUACUGAGGGAAAGGGGAGUGUUUGGUCCAGGACCAGGCGUGGUUCUGACCCGGGCGUGGGUCCAGGAUGCAGCCGAGGGACCCAACAGAACCAGGCCACGCAUCCGCAGGAGAGCACUGAGGGGAUCCAAACGGUUGGCAGCAGUGCUGGGCCAGGGUGACAGGCCGAGUGGUUCUGAGGAGAGCAGGAGUAGAGCUGGAACCGGAUCUGACCAAGAACCCAGAAUCUUGUGCGAGGCAGGUGCAGAGGCAGUGGAAGAGGAGGAAGAGGACGAGGAAGGGGGGGGUGAGCGUCUGACCUUCUUCCCAGUCCUGAGCGAGACCCUGGCCUCCCCCGAGCCCCCUGAGCCCCACACCCCCGAACCCUGCUCGCACACACACUCCUGCUCCGACACACACGUCAUCCUGCAUGAGCUGGACCCUGGGGAGCAGAUAAAAGACGCGAUGAGUGUGGUGGUGGUCAGUGGUCUCAGUGUGACAGAGGGGGUGCUGUUGUUUGGGAACGAGUCCCUCUACAUCUGCGAGGGCUUCACCCUCAGCCCAGCAGGGGAUCUCUGCUGCAGGAAACACCAUCCCACCAGUGUCAGGGACUCCUAUAUGUGCAGCCUGCUGAACAAGGAGCAGGAUUCCCCCCACCCCGCCUGUAGACGGUGGCCCUACGAGGAUAUAAAGGACGCACGUUUCAUGAGAUAUUUACUAAAGGACAACGCUCUGGAGGUGUUCAUGAGGAUCGGAUACUCGGCCUUCCUGGUGUUCCUCAACAAAGACCAUGUCAGCGCCUACAAGCGACUGUGUUCAGUGGUCCCUUCAUUAAGAGGGAGAGGGAUUGCUGAGGUUCUGAGCAACACUAGGAAGACUCCCAUGCUUGAUAAAAUGACUCUGGUUAGGUGGCAGCGAGGCGAGAUGAGCAACUUUGAGUAUCUGAUGCAUCUCAACACCCUGGCUGGGAGGACCUACAGCGACCUGAUGCAGUAUCCAGUCUUCCCCUGGGUCCUAGCUGACUACGAGUCUGAGACACUGGAUCUUACCAAUCCAGCAACAUUCCGGGACCUGUCAAGGCCAAUGGGAGCUCAGACUGAGAAAAGGCGGAAGAUGUUUAUCGAGAGAUAUAACGAUGAAGACAACAGUGACGGUGACCUGUUAGCGAAGUGUCACUACUGCACUCACUACUCCUCAGCCAUCAUCGUGGCCUCCUUCCUGGUCCGCAUGGAGCCCUUCUCACACACCUUUCAGACUCUGCAGGGUGGGUUUGAUGUGCCAGAGCGUAUGUUCCACAGUGUGAAGAAGGAGUGGGACUCUGCCUCCAGAGACAACAUGGGGGACGUCAGGGAGCUCAUACCAGAGUUCUACUACCUGCCCGACUUCCUGCUCAACUCCAACCACUUCCAGCUUGGCUGCAUGGAGGACGGGACAGCUCUAGGGGAUGUAGUUUUGCCCCCAUGGGCCAAGGGAGACCCUCAAGAGUUCAUCAGGGUUCACAGAGAGGCCCUGGAGAGUGAGUAUGUGAGCAACCACCUGCACCUGUGGAUCGACCUGAUCUUCGGCCACCGCCAGCUGGGGCCUGCAGCCGUGGAGAGCCUGAACACCUUCCACCCCUACUUCUACGCCCCCCAGAGGCCCCGGAGCCAGGACGCCCUCCUGGACCCCCUCAUAAAGAACACCAUCCUGGGAUACGUCAGCAACUUCGGCCAGGUCCCCAAACAGCUCUUCCCUAAGCCUCACCCCCCUCGCAGCGGCUCCAAGAAGGAGGCGCCAGCAUCAAGCAAUCCCACGCCUUUCUUCUUCCAACUGGACAAGCUCAAGCCCUCCGUCCAGCCAUUUAAAGAGCUGCUGAGAGGGUCUGUGGGUCAGGUUCUGUGUCUGGAGAAGGAGGUUCUAGUCCUGGGGAAGAACCAUCUCCUGCUCCCUCCUCUGUUCACUACUUUCUUCUGCUGGGGUUUCCCUGACAACAGCUGUGCCUUUGGAAGCUACUCUACAGAGAAGAUCUUUGCUGUGUGUGAGAGUCUGUGUGAUUGGGGGGAGACGCUGUGUGCUGCUUGUCUCAACCAGAGCACCGUAGUCACAUCGGGCACCAGCACUGUGGUGUGUGUGUGGGAUGUGGCGGUCAGCAAGGAGAAACUCAGUCACAUGAAACUCAGACAGGCGUUGUAUGGCCACACGGACAGCGUGACAUGUGUGGCGGUGUCGGAGGUGCACAGUGUAAUCGUGAGUGGGUCUGAGGACCACACUUGCAUCCUGUGGGACCUGGAGGAGCUCAGCUACGUGGCCCAGCUGUCUGGCCACGAGGCCGGCAUCACCGCCCUGGCUGUCAACGACCUCACCGGGGAGAUAGUGUCGUGUGCAGCCUCCUCACUCUACCUGUGGAGUAUGAAGGGCCAGCUGCUGACCUGGCUCAACACCUCCUACGGCCCCGCGGGGAACAUAUCGUGUGUGUGCUUCACUCAGAGAAACCAGUGGGACGCACGUAAUGUCAUUGUCACGGGCUGCGCCGACGGCAUCAUACGGAUCUGGAGGACAGAGUACACCAGAGCUCCACCGGCUCUCUCUGUGGAGGAGCCCAGUUCCUCAGGCCUGGAGAAGCACCAGCCAGACAGCAUACACAUGGAGGAGGGAGUUUGUGAGGGUGCAGGCUGGGAGCGUUACCUGGUGUUGUGUAGGGAGCUGAACCGUAGUCAGGCAGUGUCACGACGACGCUACAAGAACAACCCAGCCAUCACAGCUCUGGCCAUGUCCAGGACACAUGCUACUCUGCUAGUGGGGGAUGCCUGGGGCCGGGUCUUCACUUGGACCUGUGAGUGACAGCUGGAGGCAGCUACUACCCAGCACCCUCCACCCAGCCUGAAACUAUAGGCACACACCUGAAUGUCAGAAUUCUGGAGAUCACCUCUCAGAGCUUCUACACAGGUUUACCAGUUGGCUUUAGUUUCAUCUCAAAGCUAUAUUAAAUGACCCUGAAUACGACCCCAACUAUGACCCUGACAAUGACCUAAACAUGACCCCGACCAUGACCCUUAAUAUGACCUAAAGUUGUCCCUUACUGUCUACCUUACCUCACUUGUUACUUGGAAAGCAGGACCUAGUCAAAUUACAUGUUUAGGGCACCGUAUCGGAUCCUAGUCUAAGACCAGGAGCAGGUUGAGCUUUGCGUCUGUCGCCUUCAAGGAAGGUUGUUUCAUUUAGAACUUGUGGCACAUUUAAGUCACUUAGAUGUGAUUGAACAUAGUUUAGGUAAAGCUAAGAUAAGACAGGAGGGUGUGUUGGUGAGGUGAGUGAGUUGUUAGAAGAGUUUCAACAUAGAAUCCAAUUAUAUGCAAAUGAUUUGCUAAUCAUAUUUGAAUGUGUUUGCUACUGACAUGUACUUCGAUGAGGAAGGACAAUAUCAAAUUCAGAAAAUGUAUAUGUAAAUAAAGGAUUUUUAUGAAUUGAAAUCAA